AUGAAUGAAAGAAUAGGACAGGUAACAGUUGAAUUACGUAUAGUAUUUUUAAAAAUUGGUGAAAUUGAUACAUUAAAAGAACAAUUUCAAGCUGAAGCUUUUAUUCAAGCACGUUGGUCAGAUCCGGCCUUAAAAGGAACGGAUAUCGAUAAUUUUGAUGCAAAUAAAUUUUGGAAUCCAUUAUUAUAUGUUGAUAAUUCAGUUGGUGAUUUAAAAAAUGAUGUCUGGCAUAAAGUUGUUUAUGAUGGAAUGGAUACGCCAAUGAUUUAUGAAAUGAGAAAAAUCAAAGGUAUUUUUCUUGAAAAUCUUGAACUUAAUGAUUUUCCAGUUGAUGUUCAAGAUUUAACAAUAACAAUAUCAACAACACGAACUGUUAAUGAAGUAUUACUUAUUGCAGAUACAAAUCAAUUAAGUGCAAUUAAUACACAUACAUUUAUUGAUCAACAAGAAUGGCGUUUACAUGAACAUGUUGAAACAUCAACAAAAUUAUUAUUAAGUCCAUUUUCACCAUCACAAAAUCAACAUCCAGCUUUUUCAGCAACUUGUCGUGCAGCUCGACGGCCUGGAUAUUUUUAUUGGAAUGUUUAUUUUCUUAUCUUCUUUAUAACAGUAAUGGCUUUUACUACAUUUAGUGUUACAUAUAAUCUUCCACAAAAUCGUCUUCAAUUAAGUUUUACACUUCUUUUAACAGCUGUCACAUUUAAAUGGGUUGUUGUUCGAUGUUUACCUACAAUAUCUUAUUUAACAACAUUAGAUAAAUAUGUACUUUUAUCAAUGGUUAUGUUAUGUGUUGUAUGUGCAUGGCAUGCAUUAAUUGCUGUUUGUCCACCUGAUACAGCACCAUAUUGGGAUAAUAUAGCAUUAAUAUCAUUAGCUAUCAUAUAUGUAUUAUUUCAUAUUAUAUUUUUCUUUUGGAUGUAUUUCGUUACAUAUCGACGACGACGUAUAAUGACACGAAAAGAUCGAGAUUAUAUUAGAAAUCGUUUGGAACGUUUAUCAACAUCUGGUUAUCAUUCGGUUAAUGAAUUAGAUAAAUAUGGUUCAUCAAUAGCGACAACGGUUCUACGUAAAACAACAAAUUCUAAACAUGAACAUCGUUCAUCAAAUUCAUCUGAUUGUACAUUAAGAAAAAAUUCUUUUGAACAAAAUCAUUCAAUAGUAACAAAUCAACAUUUUAUUGAACAACAUCAACCAAAAGUAUCAGUGAGACAUACAUCAAUUGUUAAUCCAUUUAAUAUUAGACAUUUCAAUCAUAAUAAUUAUAAUGGACAACAAUUAUUAUUAACUUCUGGUGAUAUUGAAGCAAUGACUAUGAAACAAUUUCGAAUGGGUUCUCUUGGAUAUUGA